GAGUAACAGUUAAACUACAGUGUUUUCCGGUAGUACAUAAAUAAUUAUUUCUCUUCCAUAUUGAUUUUGAGAAUCAACGAAGCAAGUUGAAUAAAAAUCCUUAGUAAUCGAGAUUUAUACAAUUUUCUAGUUCCUUUUGAUUCGUAAAUAUGAGAGCGAAGUGGCGUAAGAAGCGUAUGCGUAGGCUAAAGCGCAAAAGGAGGAAGAUGCGUGCGAGGUCCAAGUAAUCUGUGUCCAUUUAAUCUCUGUAGGAACGACAAUGAUACGAUAAGUCAUGGUUUCUAGUUGAAUCUACUAGAUAUCUUACAAGUCCACUCCAUCAACCUGUCUUUCACACAGAGAUCAAAUUUUAUAAAUCUAUUUUUUGUUCAUCUUAAAUAAAAUGGAUACUGAAUAUAUACAAAUUUAUAGUUUCUAUUAUUGUGUACCAAUCCUGCUUCAUAUAUCGCAUACACAAACACUAUCAACUUAAAUCAAUUAAAAAUAACACCUAUUUAAAGUAAAAUAUAUGAGUUUUCUAUUUGAACUUUGAUAUAAACAAAAUUUAGUCGAUUCUGUAAUCUAAGACAAAUUUAAUCUAGAAUAAAUUAUCUUAAAAUUACGUUCAUACAUUAACGCCAUCUGAGACAUUUUGUUGAAAUAGUAAGUUUAGAAUAGUCUUGACCAUCCUUAUGACAAUAUUUUGAGGUUAAGGAUAUAAUAAAUAAAUCAUGAACAAUCGUAUCUUAUCGUAUUUAUUACGUGCACGAAAAAUAUGUAAAACAUUUGAUCCGCCGCAUAAAAACAGAUUUAUUACUUAUUCCUUAUUAAAACGAACAAGACAUUUCUCGGAUAUUAGUCCAAAUAAAUUACCAAACGAAAAACUUACGAAUGAAAAUGAAAAUGAUCUUGUGUUAGAGCACACAUCAAAACACAAAAUAUUCCACGACAAAGAUUCUAAAGUUAUAUUAGAUGUAGAAGAAGAACAAGAAAGGAUACUUUUAGGUGACUUACGUAUAGAGGAGAAAAAGCAUGAUCCCUACAGUGGAUUGAAUUUAAACCGUGGCAUACAAGGGGUGUACGAUAUAGAAGAUCUUAUUUCGGUUCUUCAAAAGGAUAAUGCAAAAGAUAUCUUUGUUAUAUCUGUGCCUAAAGAGUAUAUGUAUGUAGAUUAUAUUGUAAUUGUCACAGGUAAAUCGCAAAAGCAUAUGAGUGCUCUUGCCGCAUAUAUACGUAAAAUUUUUAAAUUGAAGAUGCAUAAGAAGGAUAUUAUCCCUAAAAUUGAAGGAGCCAAAUGUAAAGAUUGGAUAGCAUUGGACUUAGAUGCUGCUAGAAAACAAUACGAUUUAGAAACAUUAUGGACGGUUGGUUCACAAUACGACAGACAAACAAACAAACCAAUGGUGGCAGAUAUUAUGGAACAAUAUAAAUCUUUCUUAGAUGUAUUUCAACCAGAAAAUUCAUAAAAAUAUAGAUAUUAUAUUGAAUCUACUUUAGAAUUUUCUUCUUCAAUGUAUACAUAUAACUUUAUUAAUUAAAAUAAAUUCUAUGAAUUACAUGCAAAA